CAACCCCAGCGCACAACGAAAGAUACACACCCCAACCUGCCCCCCGGCCUCAUCCUCGGGCCGGACGGCAAGCCCUGCAAAGUCUGCAAUAGCUGGCAAGACUGGGCGAAGAUGAAAGUCGUCAAAAAGUCUUCUUCUUCUUCUUCUUCCUCCUCCUCCUCCGAUCCCAUGGCGAUGAUGGCCGCCAUGGCCGGCGCCGCCUCCAAGCGCGCCGACCGCGACCGCUCCGCCUGUCCCCCCGACACGGCAGACCUCGGCCGCGCAACCUGGACCUUCUUGCACACCACCGCCGCGUACUACCCCCUCACGGCCAGUGCCGCGCAGCAGGACCGCAUGCGCGGCCUCCUCGCGGCCCUGCCGGCGCUGUAUCCGUGCGCGCCGUGCGCGGCCGACUUUGGCGCCGACGUCGAUGCGCACCCGCCCGACGUGAGCGGGCGCGAGGGACUCAGCCGGUGGUUGUGCGAGCGGCAUAAUGAGGUGAACCGCAAGCUGGGCAAGCGCGAGUGGGCGUGUGAUUGGAAGACGAUGGAUGCGCGGUGGAAGGACGGGCCGGCGGACGGGCGGUGCGACUAG